GGUCAAAUCUUUAAGGAUCCUGGAGCAAUGUCAGCUGUCAUGAAUGGUACUGAGUGCCUGUACGGUUUUAAAAUCAUCAUGAUAGGUGACGGUAAUGUGGGCAAGUCAUGCAUACUGUAUAGAUACUUAAAUGGCUUGUUUCCAGAAAAAAUAAAUUGCACCAUUGGAGUGGACUUCUGCAAUCACAUCCUAGAGGUGGAGCCUGGCGUGAGAGUACAGCUACAGAUUUGGGAUACGACUGGUCAUGAAGCAUUUUGGAAUCGUCAGCUUAUCCAGCCUUACAUUCCUCAUUCAGCUGGAUGCCUGCUGGUGUUUGACCUGGGCAAUCGUGAGUCUUUCAGAGUCAUUAAGCAUCAGUACACAGAGGUGUGUAAUAGAGUGAAUCCAUACACUGUCCUCUUUGUACUUGUGGGACACAAGUGUGACAGAAAUGAACGAGAAGUGAAUCAAGAGGAGGUGGAACAGUUCGCAAGUGAAUUGGGAGCGCCGUACAUUGAGGCCUCAGCCAUAACGGGUCACAAUGUGGCAGAAGCUUUUGAGCUGUUGGCCCGGCGCAUUUAUCAGGGCUAUCUGAGUGGAGAGGUGCGCUUACAUGAACGCUGGGGCAAGAUCCAUGAAAACAAAACCAACAAAGAUGAGCCAGCUGGAAACAGCAAAUGCAGUGUCUCAUAAAGUUAACAUGAGACUGCAUUUUUCCCAUUGAUGGCCAUUUAAAGUAUA